AUGAACGGUACAGUGGACUUGCUCUGCGAGUAUGAAGAACUCAGCACCUCGAACAGCACUUCGUGUCGGAACAUAAGUGAAUCACCUUACAGUGUCAUCGAUGUGGCGUCUUUCAUGCAUGUUUUCCCGUCCGUGUACGGCAUUCUCUGCACCAUAGGGGUAAUUGCAAACGGCUUAGUGAUUUACGCUGUGGCGACUUGUAAGAAGAAAAUGGUGUCGGACAUCUACGUGCUGAAUUUGGCAAUCGCCGAUAUGCUCUUCUUGUUGGUGAUGCCUUUUACAAUCCAUCAGCUGGUCAGGGACCAGCAGUGGGUGUUUGGGAACUUAAUGUGCAAGGCGGUGAUGGUCGUAGAUGUCAGCAAUCAGUUCACAACCGUGGGAAUUGUAACUGUUUUAUGUAUAGACAGGUACGUGGCCAUCGUCCACCCGACCUCAGAAAAGAGGACCAUCCGGUGGACCAUGGUGAUCAACGGCAUGGUGUGGUUGACCAGCCUCCUGCUGACGGUCCCGGUGAUGCUGUACACGCACACGGUGCAGAAGAAGCAUGUGGAGAUGUGCAUCGUGGAUCUGCCUCGAGGGGCCAAGGACAUGUACUGGUACACACUGUACCAGUCCUCCUUUGGCUUCAUCGUGCCUCUGGUCAUCAUCAGCACCUUCUACUCCCUCACCCUCUACCACAUCUUCCGUUCCAUGCGGAGGGUCAAGCGUAAGCAGUCCGUCUGGGCCAAGCGCGCCACCAAGACCGUGGUGAUGGUCAUCGCCAUCUUCCUGGUGUGCUGGUCGCCGUAUCACGUGAUCCAGGUGAUCAACCUGAGCAUCCGCUCGCCCACGAGCGCCUUCAUCUACGCCUACAACGUCAGCAUCUGCCUGAGCUACUCGCACAGCUGCAUCAACCCGCUGAUGCUGCUCGUCUUUGCGCAGAAUUACCGCGAGCGCAUCUGCCGGAGGAAGGACGCCUACGGCGGCAAGCAGAGCUCUUCCAAGAGCGUCAUGGUGAAGGCCGACCAAAGCUCCGCGGUCACCGCCGAGACCAGCUGCCGCUGUACAGUGGUCUAG